AGCUAAUAAUAAAAGUAAAAACAAUAAAAAAAAAAAAGAAGACAAAUAGGUCCAAAAAAGUCCAACAAAAAAUUUAACUAAGUGUAUGAUUCCACACAUUCCCACUAUAACACCAUUAUAUAACAUUUCAAGUUUUUAAACAUAUAUAUAUGUAUAAUUAACUCUUCUAAGUUCUAAUGAAUAUUUCAAACAUCCUCUGUUUCCAAUAUUUUGUCUCUCUGUUUUUUCACAUUUUAUCAACCAUAAACAUAAGAAAAACAACAGUAAGAUUUCCAAGAUAAAGAGCUAAAUUUUGUCUCAUUUAUCAAGGUGUGAAAUUUUUGAGGUACCAAAAAGAUGAAUAAUGUGGAUUAUUGGAGGAGAGAGAAAACUUUGUGUGUAAUGCUCCUCAUAACAAUGGCUGUUCAGCUGUUCUUGGUUUCUAAUUGUUGUGCCAAAACCCAUGGAAGGCCAGUAAAUGACGACCCCAUAUCACCUCUUGGAGUCACCCUGAACGUGACGGAUACGGAGGUGGUGAUCGACAAUGGCAUUGUGCAAAUCACAAUUGCGAAUCCAGAGGGCCAUCUGUUAGGGGUGCGCUAUGAUGGAGUCAAUAACCUUCUUGAAGCUCCUAAUAAGGAAUCAAAUAGAGGGUAUUGGGAUGUAGUUUGGGAUACAAAAGAUUACGAUGGCACUGACUGGUUAGUAGGAUCAAAGUUUAAUGUGAUAGUAGAAAAUGAAGACCAAGUAGAAGUUUCAUUUACAUAUAAAUGGGAUUCAACCACUUGGAACACAUCAGAACAUUACUGGAGAAUUCCAGCUAAUGUAGACAGGAGGUAUAUAAUGCUUCGCGAAUCUUCUGGAUUCUAUGCAUACAUGAUAUUAGAACGUACGGAGGAAAUGCCUGCAGCAAAUAUCUUCCAAAUAAGAACUGUUUAUAAGCUUGAUGAAAAGCGAUUUCAAUAUAUGGCUAUUUCGGAUGACAGGCAAAGGAUCAUGCCUUUGCCACAUGAUCGCGAGUCAGGCCUUCCGCUUGCCUUCAAAGAAGCUGUUCUUUUGACUAAUCCCACUAAUCCGGAUUUGAGAGGCGAGGUGGAUGACAAGUAUCAAUACUCGUGCGAGGACAAAGACAACAAGGUCCAUGGAUGGAUAUCACUUGAUCCCCAAAUCGGGUUCUGGAUUAUUACUCCAAGUGAUGAGUUCCGUUCUGCUGGACCUAUCAAGCAAGAUCUCACAUCCCAUGUUGGUCCAACGGCAUUAGCAAUGUUUCACAGUGCACAUUAUGCUGGGUUGGAUGUCACCAUGAAAUUCCAAGAAGGGGAACCAUGGAAGAAGGUGUUUGGACCUUAUUAUGUUUAUCUGAAUUCCAUUUAUGAGAACGGCGACUUCCAUGAACUCUGGGAUGAUGCAAAGCACCAGAUGAAACAAGAAACUAGAAGCUGGCCUUACGAAUUCCCAUUAUCGGAAGACUUCCCUAAGUCUGUGGAGCGUGGUUUUGCAUAUGGUCGGUUGCUGGUCCAUGACAGGUAUAGAAGGAGGACAAUGAUGCCUGCAAGUUAUGCUUGGAUUGGGCUAGCUGCACCGGGUGAAGCAGGGUCAUGGCAAACCGAAACAAAGGGUUAUCAAUUUUGGACUCGAGCAGACCGUAAUGGAGGAUUUCUGAUCAAGGGGAUUCACGAAGGUGUUUUCAACUUGUUUGCGUGGGUUCCUGGUUUCAUCGGAGAUUAUGUUUAUGCUGAAAACAUCAUAAUUGAGCCAGGCUCCGUAAUCCAACUGGGUAAUCUUGUGUACGAGCCACCUCGAAAUGGCCCGACUUUGUGGCAAAUUGGAAUUCCAGACCGCACUGCGUUAGAGUUUUAUGUUCCUGAGCCCAGUAGCUUAUUUGUUAACAAACUCUACACUGACAGUGAUCACAACAAAUUCAGGCAAUAUGGGCUUUGGGAACGUUACGCUGAACUGUAUCCUGAGAAUGAUCUUAUUUACACAGUUGGUGAAAGUGAUUAUCAUACAGACUGGUUUUUCGCCCAUGUCACUAGAAAGGGAGAAAAUAAUACGUAUUUACCAACUACCUGGCAGAUUAUAUUUACUGUCAAUGAUUUGAUCCCAUCUUCAAAUUAUACUCUACGGAUUGCCUUGGCUUCUGCCACUAGGUCUGAUUUGCAAGUGCAAUUCAACCAUGAAGAGCUGAUGAUUCCUCACUUUAGUACCAAGAUGAUAGGUUCAGACAAUGCAAUUGCGAGACAUGGUAUUCAUGGACUUUACAGAUUGUUUAACAUUGAUGUUCCUAGUGAAUGGCUUUAUGAUGGGAACAAUACCAUCUAUCUCAAACAAUCAAGACAUGAUUCUCCUUUCUAUGGUGUCAUGUAUGAUUAUAUUCGUUUCGAAGCCCCCCCUCGAACAAGAUGAUUUUAGAUAUAAUUAGGUCACUAGAGAGAGUGAACAUGGUCAAAAUACUCAUUGACCAUUUUCAACAUAUUAUGAUAGAAGUAGAAUUGUAUAAUUAGUUUCCUUUCUAGUUUUGUAUUGAUUAGAAUACAUCAAAGUAUUUAUCUUAAAUUAUGUGAUAGGGUUAUGUAUGUUGAUGGCAAUGGCAUUGGUAUAUUGCAAGACUUAGAAUGUGUAUAUAUUUGUUGUAAUUAGUUUCUUAACUAGUGGCCGGCCAGUAUGGCUUGUUACACUUUCUUUGAGACCGUAAUUUUUUUAAAAGGUAAGAAGGCACCCUAACUGGACCGGAACCUUGCACAGGUCAACCCGGUUCGGUUUUGCAAGCAAGG